GACAUUGCAUCAAGAAUGAAUAUCUUUACGAAUCUAGUUAUAAUGUUUUGCAAGUAAUGAAACAUAUUACUCGACUGGACAAGUCAACCGCUCAUUUCCUUGCAAAAAGGAAAGACAUAGCAAGUAAUUACGGCGUACUGAACAAGGAUUCUGAAAUGCUCGAAUGUAUUCCUUAAGCAACUAUUUAUCUGAAAGCUACUCUAAGAUAGAGUUGAGCUGCAAGCAUUAUUAAGUCGGAUACAUUUGAGUCACGAUUAUAUACUGUAAGAGAAAGGUUUCGUUGUAUUUUGUUCCGAUAUUCAGAAAACUCCAUAUAUCGAAUCGAAUUGCAACCGAACAAACGGGUUCUCUGAUUAUAGAAGGGGUCCCUUCAUAGUUGUCAACCAAUUCUGACAGAAAAUAAAGUUGUUUUAAAGUUUCAAAUGCACACACACAGGGAGAGAACGAAAAUCUCAGUGAGGACGCGCUUACACGAAAAAAAAAUUCUAAUCGCUCUGAAAAGAUUCGAUGAUGGCGUCGUCAAUGCGGGAUUUUACUCCGGAUCGACCAAAAGCAGUUCGAUAGAUGAGUCAAGUCUCUUCGAGUUCUGAGACCCAAUAUUACACAGAGCAGGAAGUGAAACUCGCACAGUCUGGAAGAGAAGAGAAGAAUAGAGGCAAGGUUUUUGUUGGAGGUCUCUCCUGGGAAACCGGAGAGGACUCACUUCGAGCAUAUUUUGAAGGCUAUGGGGAAGUUGCAGACUGUGUCAUAAUGCGUGAUAAAUAUACUGGUCAUCCUAGAGGGUUCGGUUUCGUCACUUUUCAGGACGACUCAGUUGCAGACCUAGUUGCUAGCCUCUCACACAUACUGGACGGAAGACAGGUUGAAGCUAAGAAAGCUGUCCCGAAAGCUGAGGUGUCAACCAAGAAUGAGACAACAAAGACAACAAAGAAACUUUUUGUUGGUGGGAUUUCUUCGUCCUGUUCUGAUGAAGACUUUCUCGUUUAUUUUCAGAAGUUUGGAGCAGUGUUGGAUGCACAUAUUAUGUAUGACCAUCAAACGGGGAAAUCCCGUGGUUUUGGUUUUAUUACUUUUUGCAGUGUUGAAGCAGUAGAUAAAGUGUUCCAAACUCCACGCCACGUUAUAAAAGGCAAGGUUGUGGAAGUAAAGGUAGCUGAGCCGAAACACCAGUCAGUUGAAAGUCGAAAGGUGAAGGAAAGUGAGUCAGGGACUGGUUACAAUUCUGCAGUCGGCAAACCAGAGUCGUUCAAACCUGCAAAGUCACCCUAUCAGUGUUCGGAAGCUUGUACAUACGGCCCUUUUGUAAAUUCCUUUGUGUUUGAUCCUUCUUUAGCUUCAUAUUAUGCACAGUUUUAUGGGGGUACGCCGUUGAUUUGGCAGCAAUAUGCAGCAACUGCGUCAGCAGCUGCGGCGGCAGGUUUAGGUUACUUUUCACCGACAAGUAGUUUAGGAGGAGAAUUGAUAGCCUUCAACUUUCAGCAGUAUCCUGGAGACUAUGUAAGCAAUAGCAAUGUUUCACGAGAAAAGUCAAAAGGAACAGUAUUGAAUCCGCGGCAACACUCAUUAACACAUGAUUUUCGUCAUCGUCGGUACGAAAUGUAAUGAACUUGCUUGCCUAUAUCGUACUUUUCAUACUUAUUGCAGAAUAUUCGUUUAAGAUGUUUCUCUAUAUUUUGCAAAUUGCAUUAGGAGUCUCAGAAAGACGUGUCAUGUUUUUUGUACAUUUUGACAUAUUAAAUU